CUUUAAGAACAACACUAAUACUCAUUGCAAAACUUGGGGGGAAGUUCACUUCCAUGUAUCCCAACCUUAACCACACUCAGUAAUCCCAUGUUUGUUUCAAGGUCAUUCUCUCUAAGGGCGGAGGCUCAUACCUUUAGUAUAAAAGCACCAGACACCUUGUUCAUUUCACUUACUAAAACAAAGGAGAACUCAUUACAAACAUUUUGUUGUGUAAAUCUACAACUACAAAGGAUGGCUGAUAGCAAAAUGGUUUUGUCCCAGUGGAGCCCGACGUUUGUAGAAGAGCUUCUCCCGGCUGCUGAAAAGACAGCGCUUCUCUACCGUCUCUCGUACCUGUGCCUGGCCAGCUUCCCCAGCCUGGAGAGACUCAUCCGCAGUCGCGCUGUGGAAACCCAGCUUCUGUUCGGAUCAUCGGAUGCAACCAUGUUGAAAUGUAUUUUGACCAGUGAGAACCUGGUUCAGUCGCUGUUCCCAAUGCUGGCGAGCGCUGUGGAGAAAAAUAAGCCGGAUUUGGCAGUCCAAUUCCUAGGGAAAGCACGAGUCUGGAUCAAAGACAUUAUCACUGAUGUGGACAGGAUAGUGGAAAAGUAUGAGUUACACAACAAAGAUGUAGCAUCGUCCACCAGUGAUGUUGUCAAUGAAAAAAGAGAGGCAGAGAAAAAGAUUACUGAACAAGACCAAAAGUUGAAGCAGGCUGAAAAAACCCUGAAUGAUCUGAAAUCUGAACUCCAAAAAACCACACGAGAGCUCGAUGAAACGGAGAAAAAGAUCAACAGCAAAAUCCAAGAGAUUCAAGCAUUUGCCAGAUCCAUAACCACAACGAGAAGAGGCCUCGGCAUCUUCGCUGCCCUCGUUCCCUUCAUCUGGCUAAUUGUUAAAAGCAUUUACGAUUCUGUGCGUGACCCUGCAAAUGUUGCACGCAUGAAGGCUCUUGAAGCGGAUCUGAAUCGCCUCCUCGCUGAAAAGACCACUCUCAGACAGAAGCAGUGGCAGGUCCAACUCAAGGUCAUCGAUGGCCAGAUGAAUGUUGCCAGAGCCAGUUUUGACCGGAACUCCAUACCCGACCCCAUCUAUCUAAAGGAUGUUCAGAGUGGCUUGACCAAGAUUCAGGCCAUUAUGAUUCAGCUCAAAAACUUCUGGGAGAGUGUUGCUCAGAUGCUGGACUACCUGGAACAGAAGACCUUUGUUGGAGAAGAUCUUAUUAAAGACCUUGCUGACCUAAAAGAGGAAUUUCUACUGUCAAUCAAAACAGCUAAAGAGGCUUGGAACAGUUUUGGUGCAGGCUGUAAAAAAGCAUCAGCCAUCUUUAAGCUCCAGACCAAAGACGCCUACAGGUUUCUGGAGGUCAGCCCUUCCUCUCUCUCCAAGGUGGCGUGGGAAAAGGAGUACGAAAGUGUGAAAAAGCAACUGGAGAAAAUAGAAAGUGUGACAUCCUCGGCUACACCUGCCCUUUCUCAAUGAUCUCCAGAGUGUGACACGCACAAGUGUGUCAUCCAUAUAGUUUUCUGUCUGAUGAUGCUGGUAACCUGGGAUGAUGACCUUUAGCCUUUUUAAUACUGUACUAGUAAAGCAGAAGAAGUCUGUACUACCUUCCACUUAACACUCUUUAUAUACUCCUCGCCAUAUGUGUAAUCUCUUUAUGAGCUCUUGCAAAAAUACUCUAGUUGGAUGGAUAAUGAAUAAAAAUGGAUCAAUUAAGUUUGAUAACAUCAUUGACUUUUUUUGUUUUUGUUUCAAACAAUCUU